AUAAGACCCUCUUGGAAGAAGAAUGCGAUCACAUUGAAAAAUAAAUAACUCAUUGUGUUGCCCUGCGCCGCUCGAACCUGACAGAGACGCUCUCCAAAAUGCAGCAACAUCUUAUCCUAUCUAUUUUUCUGGCAUUCUUUUUAAAAAUCUGCACCGGUGCAGAUUGGUGCUACCAGUCCCAACAUACCUGUGACACCCCUUGUAAUGGACCUGAGAAGUGGGAUCAUGUUAACAGAGUCUGUGCAGGCGAUAACCAAUCCCCCAUCAACAUCGUCCACAGGAAGACCGUACCAGACAAACGCCUCACACCCUUCCAGUUUAAACAGUACCAGGAUUCCUUCCAAGGCACGAUCAAAAACAAUGGACACUCUGUGCAGGUGAACGUGCCUCACGAUGCCUAUGUGAUUGGUGGAGACCUGGAGACGCCCUAUAAGGCAGUGCAGUUCCACCUGCACUGGGGCAAGAACGGAGGACCAGGGUCAGAACACACCAUCGACGGAGAGCAGUACUCCAUGGAGCUGCAUAUUGUUCACAUGAAACAGCAGCACUCCAACUUGGGAGAUGCCUUGAAAGAUCCAUCCGGAGUUGCAGUCCUGGGAUUUUUCUACGAGGAAUCUCUCAGUGAAAACCGAAAAUAUGACCCCAUUGUAAAAGCUCUCCAGAGCAUCAAGACGACUCAUGCUCAAGCCACUCUGAGUGCUGUGUCUCUGGAGCAGCUGAUUCCUCCCCAGCAGAACCUGACCAACUACUACCGUUACAAAGGCUCCCUCACCACCCCCAACUGCACUGAGUCCGUGGUCUGGACCGUGUUUGAGAAGCCCAUUCCUCUCAGCAAAAACCAGCUGCGUAAGUUUUCAGAUCUCCAGUUUAAGGACGGCAAGGACAUGGUGAAUACUUUCCGGCCGGUGCAGCCCCUGAACCGCCGCGUAGUGUAUCGGUCUGGAGGCGCAGUGGCACUGGCUGGCGCCGCGCUCCUCGUGGCUUCCGUCGCCAUGGCGAUGGGACUGUCACAGCCCAACUAGAGGAAGGCCGAGCGAGCCGCACCACCACCACCACCAGCAUGAACACCAUGAGUUCUCAGAACCAACCCGCCAAAUAAACGAACUAAACUAAAAGUACAGCAUCAAUCAACCAACAUCCAUGCCCUAACCUUUGAAAACUCUCAGCCUGAAAACCAACAUGCCCCAGACCCCUUUACAAUGACCUAUAGGGAUUAAUUCCUUCUCAAACUUUAGUAUUAGAGCUCUCGAGUUCACGAGUUCUGCAGUUCAUAAGUUCAACAUCCCUCCCUGUUCAAUGUCAGGUCAAUUUAGAGUCCUCAGUCUAAAGUUACAAUACAAAAUGUGAGGACCCUCUACUCUGUGUUCAGGUGGUCGGGCUGCUGCUAUAGGCUAAACAUAGAGGCCUAUACAUCCAUGACCUGAUUGGCACUGGACUGGCAAGUGAUCAUGUUCUUGAAUGGAACGUGUGGAUGGUGGCUAGUCGCUAUUAAUAGCUAGCAGUCAUAAAUACUUUCCAGUCUCCAGAUUAAAACCGAGGAGAGAAAUGCCAUGGCCUGAUCUUUCCCUCUGCAUUGCCAAGUCCAUGAACUCCCGUUAUCACAACCACCGUCACCGAUUAGGUGAGCAUUCUAUUGCCACCCACCACGGGCCCCGGGGCAACAUUAUCUAAGGGGUAAGGAGGACGGAGGUCCCCAUAGCAACACGUGAAUCACUCACCCAGGGGCCCAGGGGUAACUAAAAGACACAGGCUGACCCAUGAGGAACACAACACACCAUAGUGAGUGUUAAAGUGUUUAGAGGCUGGACUGUCCCUGUCCCGACUCCCAACCCCCCUAGUCACACAUGAGUUCCACCAGGAGGAAGAGGAGGUGGAGGAAGAUGAUGAUGCGGAGUUGGAGUGAUGAGCUUUCCGGCUCCCUCCAAAACUGCUCUGACAAUAGGUCAUGAGGCGUUUGACAUCGGCGAUUCUGAACACACAGAAGAAGACUAGAAGCUGAAAUAGGGAGUGGACACAGCGAAUAUUUAAAAUAACCAACUAAUUGAUUGAUAAAUAGACAGAUAGAUGAAUUGAUUGCUUGAUUGACAGAUUGAUUGAUACUUAUUUGACCAAAUGUCAUUAUAGUUUUAUGACCAAUUAUCCAUAUCCAAAUGUUUAGCAUGGAUCUGCAUGUUGUCUCUCUCUCUCUCUCUCUCUCUCUCUCUCUCAUGCUGUAACAGAGCAAGAGAACCAUAGAGACUGUGCACACUUUCUACCUAAGCCACUUCAGAAACUGUAUACUUCUCCACCAGCUCGGCCAAUUAAACUGUCCCUUUUGAGAACAUGUGACUUGUGUUCACGGCUUAUAUUACAGGGUCUUGAAUGCACUGAAUGUUACCUACUGUGAAUUAUUUACUCCAAUAUGAUCAAGACAAGACUGAUGUACAGAUUGAACUAGGAAUAUUAAUUAUAUACAUGUUCCGUUUGUUUCAUAGCGCACCAAUGUUAUAUUACAUUUAUAUACUGUGUAAUGUGGACACGUAUUUGUGUACUGUAUGUGUAUUGAUAUAUAUAUAUAUAUAUAUAAGGACAUACUGUUGAUGUUAUUUAUAUACAGCUUGGUGUUUAAAAGUUUAUAUAUAAUGAUUGUUUAUGCCUUGGCCAAGUCUCCCUUGAAAAAAGAGACUCUGGGUCUCAAUGGGCUUUUCCUGGUUAAAUAAAAGUUCAAUAAAUAAACAACUAUAUAUAUAUAUAUAUAUUUCAGAAAGAAAACCAAUCCCCCCCCCAAAAAGGGAAAUGGAUUACAUUAAGCAAGUGGUUUCUGACCAAUUCAAAAUAUGUCUUGAAAUGUUCAGAAGUAUUGAACGUUUGAGUUUGUUGUAAAUGUUUGAAAAUGUUAUACGCGAUAUGGAGAAUGGUGUUCCGAUUGAAUAAACCACUGACAUGCCUGA